AUGGGGCCACUUCAGAGCUUCCAGACCUGGCCCAAUGACCUGCUCAUCAGCACCUACCCCAAGUCUGGCACCACUUGGUUAAGUGAGAUACUGGAGAUGAUCUACCAGGGUGGAGACUUAAGGAAGUGUCAUUGGACACACCUGCUCCACGGAUCCUCAAGACCCAUUGCCACUGGCCCUGCUUCCCCAAGUCUGAAGGUCAAGGUGAUCUACGUUGCCCGCAAUGCAAAGGACGUGGCUGUCACCUUUUACAACUUCUACAAAAUGGCCAAGGUGCACCCUGACCCUGGCACCUGGGACAGCUUCCUGGAGAAGUUCAUGGAUGGACAAGUGUCCUAUGGGUCAUGGUACCAGCACGUGCAGGAGUGGUGGGAGCUGAGCCGCACCCACCCUGUGCUCUACCUCUUCUAUGAAGACCUGAAGGAGGCACCACACAGGGCUCACUCCAGAACCCUAAGGCAGAGAGCCAGUCAUUUUGCUCCAGGGAAAGAGGACCAGAGUGAAGCAGCUGGGGCUGGGAGGUUUCCAAGUGGAAGUGGCCAGCCCCCCACUUCCCAUAAGCAAUCCAAGCCCUGUCUGAAGAGCCCUUCUGCUGCUCUAGAACCUGGGAAGGGAAAUUCAGAAAAUCCUGGAGCUUCUGGGGCGCUCCCUGUCAGAGAAAACCGUGGAUUACAUCGUCCAGCCACAUCCUUCAAGGAGAUGGAGAAGAACCCCAUGACUGACUCUAGCACCUUUCCUACUCAUAUCCUAGACCACAGUAUUUCUCCCUUCAUGAGGAAAGGUGAGUGCCCCAACGGGAGGGUAUUUGGGGAGGGAAGGGUGGAAGCAGCUGCCAGAGCCUGCCUUGAGUCUCUUGGGACCACCUGUGUAUGGGACUCCAGCAUUACUCUGCCCCUCCCCAGGCAUCCCAGGGGAAUGGAAAUUUGCCCUUACUGUGGCCCAGAAUGAGCACUUUGACGCCCACUAUGCUGAGAAGAUGGCAGGCUGCAAGCUCAACUUCCACUGGGAGAUCUGAGUGGUGUCGUGGGCACAAGCCUGACCCAUGACCUCAGGAAUAAAAUACAAACAGAGAGGUUCACGCCUAUACGCCAGCUCUCAGGAGGCUAAGACAGGAAGAUCCUAAAGUUCGAGGCCAGCCUAGGCUACCUCAAAAUAAAAUAACAUUAAGGAAAAAAAAAAAGAAAAAGGCAAGGAAGGUUACAAAUGCAGCCGAGAGGUAGAGUAUGGGUGAGUUCAAUUUUCAUUAUCACCAAAAAAUAAAAAUUUAAAAUAUCUCUAUAAUCUGUUCA